GUUGCUUCACUUGCUUCACGAUAGAUCUGACGAUAGAUAGCUAUUUGCUUGUGUUUUUGUUUGUGAUUCUGAAAGUUCAGGGUUUUUCAGUUGUUUACAAACAAUUUCAAAUUGCCAUCAUCAUCAACAAACGUCUAAUAAAAUUCAAACACCUUUAAAAGAGUUGCUACCAGCCACGAUGGCUGCCUCUGUGGGCUGUUUGAGGUCGGCCGGGCUCCGGCUGGCGUCGCUCAGUCGUCCCAUGUCGACAGCGGCGGCCGGCAGCGACGGGCGCCGGGUCCGUAUCGGUUGCGCCAGUGGCUUCUGGGGUGACACCUCCGUGUCGGCGCCGCAGCUGAUCCGCCACGGCCAGCUCGACUUCCUCGUGUUCGACUACCUCUCUGAGAUCACCAUGUCACUGCUGACAGCGGUGCGCGCGCGUCAGCCCGAGCUCGGCUACGCGCCUGACUUCAUCGAGGCCGGCGUCGGCGGCCAGCUGGCGCUCGGACCGCUGGCGCACGCGUUCGACUGGCGCUGGGACGACUGGGACCGACUGGCGGCCGGCAGUCUGGCUGGCCACCUGCUCGAGUGCGGCGCCCAGAGUACCGGUGGGAUCAGCACCGACUGGCGCCGCGUGCCCGACUGGCAUCGUAUCGGCUUCCCGAUCGCCGACUGCGGCGCGGAUGGUGACCUGGUGCUGACCAAGCCGCAGGACACGGGCGGCCUGGUGUCGGUCGGCACUGUGGCCGAGCAGCUGGUGUACGAGAUUGGUGACCCGCGCCGCUACCUGCUCCCCGACGUGGCGUGCGAUUUUAGCCGGGUGCAGCUGGCGGCCACCGCUGACGGUGUGGCAGUGAGCGGCGCCCGCGGCCGGCCGCCCACCGACUCCUACAAGGUGUGCGGCACGCACCUCGACGGCUACAGCGCCACGGCCGUCUGCCCCGUGAUCGGCCCGGCGGCGGCAGAGAAGGCGCACCGCACAGCCGAGGCCAUUCUAGCGCGCUGCCGGGACAUCUUCGCCGAGCUGAAACUGGCAGACUUCAGUCGGACGCACGUGCAGGUGCUGGGAGCCGAAGAGACGUACCCAGACGGGCCGGCGCCGCCGCGCCGCGAGGCCGUGCUCUGGCUAGCUGUCAGCCACGCCGAUAAGCGCGCUCUGCAGGUGUUUGGCCGCGAGGUGGCCCCAGCCGGCACUGGCAUGGCUCCCGGCCUGACGGGGCUGGUCGGCGGCCGGCCCAAACCGACGCCAGUGCUGCGGCUCGUGUCGUUCCUCGUCCCCAAACGUGAUGUGGACGUUUCGGUGGACGUGGAUGGCGCCGACGUGCCCUUCACGGUGGCUGAGACCGCUGCAGACGCGUCUACCCCUACUGAUGAGCCUGCCGAGGCUCCCCCCGCCGGUGCCAAGCCGCUGGGAGCGUUCACUUAUCGCCUGGAACGCGUGGCCCUCACUCGCAGCGGCGACAAGGGUGACUCGUGUAACAUCGGAGUGGUGGCGCGCAGCCCGGCCCUCUACCCUCACCUCUGCCGGGAGCUGACCGCAGAGCGGGUGGCCGCCUACUUCACCCGCCUGCUGCCCGCUGGGGUCGACCCUACCUCGCUGGUGGACCGGUACGAGCUCCCCGGGGUGCACGCGCUCAACUUUGUGCUACGCCAGUCACUGGGAGGCGGAGGGAUUGCCUCACUGCGGCCUGACCCGCAGGGAAAGGGGUACGGACAGAUGCUGCUCGAUAUGGAACUGUCCGGAAUGCCAGAGGUACCCGAGCUGGACAGAGAAGCGGAGAAAUGAGGGAGAGUGGUGGGAGCGGGACAAUGAUUAAUGGGUGGGCUUGGCGUUUGGAAAUGUGCCUGCGGGAGUUUGUCGGAGACAGCUGUGGAAAUGAUAUAUUUGUGAUAUAGGUGAUGUGCGCGUAAUGUCUGUCUACCAAGGCGUUGGAGCCUGCUUUUUCAUGCGUACCAGACAUUUGUUAGCAAAGUGAUGUUGUGUAAGCUCUGUUAAGUAAUUUGUCGAUAUAUUUCUGGUCGGACGUCUCCAUAGCCCGUAAAACGUCAAUGCGAUGCUGUGUUAGGUGCAAAGUGAAUUACGAUUUACGACUCUGUAUCGACUAUUGAGGUAAAGUAGAUGAGUCAUGGUUGUUCAGGUGUUUACCAGUGUGCAGUAGAGUAAUGUCAUAUUUAAAUGCCUUCAGCUGUCUGGUUUACCGCAGCUUCGAACCUAUCAAUGCAAUGAUAAUGUGAUUGCUAGUUUGGUAUAUCUUUCAGAAUGCCGAAUAUACUUUGUACUCCCUUGUAA